AUGCAUCUCACUCCAGGAGACCAGGAGGUAGAGGCCGUGCCGAAGGAAACUGGAGCUGCCCAGCCGGUGUUUGAAAUUUCAGCUGGCAGCCACGCUGUCGCGGCUGAGCUGCGCACUGACAGCUCACCUGAGAGUCUAGACACCCAGCCUGGAGCUAACCUCAUGUACUCUAUCAACGACCGCCCACCCUGGUACCUCUGUGUCCUCCUGGGCUUACAGCACUACAUCCUGGCAUUCGGUGGCAUUCUGUCCAUCCCCCUCAUUCUGGCCAAGCCGCUCUGCAUUGAGGACAACUACGCUGCCAAGGGUCAGCUCAUCUCCACCAUCUUCUUCGUGUCGGGCAUUUGCACCGUGCUCCAGACCACCUUUGGAACCAGGCUGCCGAUCCUGCAGGGCGGAACGUUCACCUUCAUCACCCCGACGUUAGCCAUCUUGGCUCUGCCCAAGUGGAAGUGCCCAGAGGAGGGCCUGACCCCUGACCCUAAUAGCACGCUGGUGCCUGCCUCCCUCUCAGACCCUGAGGAAGGGUGGAAAGUUCGCAUGCGUGAGGUCCAGGGGGCGAUUCUGGUGGCCUCGUUGCUCCAGGUGACACUGGGACUCUCGGGCCUGGUGGGGCUGGUUCUGAAGUUGAUUGGGCCGCUGGCCAUCACUCCCACCAUCAGCCUGAUCGGACUGUCACUCUUCAUCCAGGUCGGGCAGAGAGCAGGAGCACACUGGGGCAUCGCAGCUCUGACAGUGUGCCUUAUUCUCCUCUUCUCCCAGUAUUUGAGCAAGGUUGAUGUUCCUGUAAUCACUUUCAAGGACAAGAAGUGGAAGGUUUUUCGGUACCCUCUUUUUAAACUGUUUUCGGCUCUGUUUGGGAUGUGCGGGGCUUGGCUAGUGUGCUUUCUGCUGACAUACUUCAAUGCUCUGCCCACUUCCACCACUGAGUAUGGCUAUAGGGCCAGGACCGACAUCAGCCUGGACGCAUUUAGCAGCGCUGCGUGGUUCUUUCUGCCCUAUCCAGGGCAGUGGGGUCUUCCCACUGUGAGCUUCUCUUCUGUCCUGGGUAUGAUGGCUGGAGUUCUGGCCUCUACCAUGGAGUCCAUUGGGGACUACUAUGCCUGUGCGCGGCUCUCUGGUGCACCCCCACCCCCCACCCACGCUAUUAACCGCGGCAUCGCUGUAGAAGGCCUGGGCUGCAUCCUGGCUGCUCUGUGGGGCAGUGGCAAUGGGACUACAUCGUACAGCCAGAACAUCGCCGCCCUAGGGAUCACCAGGGUCGGCAGCAGACUGGUACUGCAGACGGCCGGUCUCCUCAUGGUGAUCCUGGGACUGUUUGGGAAGUUCAGUGCCGUGUUCAUCACCAUCCCAGACCCGGUCAUUGGUGGCAUGUUCCUGGUCAUGUUUGGAAUGAUCACUGCUGUGGGAAUUUCAAACCUGCAGUACAUCGACUUGAACUCUCCCAGGAAUCUGCUGAUCCUCGGCUUUUCAACCUUCAGUGGACUUGUGCUGCCAACAUGGUUUCAUUCAAACCCAGACAUGAUUAACACAGGCAUAUCAGAAUUAGAUCAACUUAUCAUGAUCCUCUUCACCACUCACAUGUUCAUUGGUGGGCUCUUUGGGUUUAUUCUGGAUAACACAAUUCCAGGUUCAGAUGAGGAGAGAGGGACAAAACGGUGGCGGGAGAAGCUCCAUAAUGGCACAGAGACAUACUUCAGUGACCAAUCGUGCUAUGACCUGCCUUUCUGUAUGGCCUUUCUUCACAGGCACAAGUUCCUCCAGUACCUUCCAUUUCUCCCGUUCCUCAAGUCUCAGGACGAGGGAACGCACCUUUAAGAACCACGAAACCAUAAACUUUGAUCUUAAAGUGUUUAAACCUUUUACACUUUCAGCUGACACAUUUAAAAAAAAUUCCCCUUGCCCUUAGUGAUUUGUCCUGCCAGCAGGACCUUUUAGUUACAAUAAAAGCAAUUUACACAAACAAAAAAAGUAAUGUUUUGAUAUAAUUUUAUGCAGAAUUUGACAAUUACUUAGUCUGAUAUUUUGGUGGGCUACUGUCAGAUAAAGAACAACUGGUUUCAGUGGCUGUUGCUGAAAUCCUGGCACCUGAACAAUCCGUUUGUUUACAGAAAUAUAAGUAUAGCAGGUGUGAUAGGAGCUCUUGUAGACUGACAGGCUAAUGAGCAUAACAUAAAGCAUUCCAAAGCAAAUUCAGUGAUUGAAUGCACAAUGACUGCACAUUAAUGUCUCUCAUUUUCUGAUGUUCCCAUACAACGAAUGGUUUUGCUGACUCUGCAGUGUUUUGAUGAAUGGUUUAACUUUAUGGUACAGUUGUUAGAUAGGUGUCUUAUGGAAAGGUAUAACAUAGUUACUUCCCUCCCCAUUCUAAUGACCUAAACAGUUUAAACAGCUUCUGUGACAAUAUUUAUAGAAAUGUAGCAAUUUGAAUUGAGCUAUUUUGAAAAAGGUUCUUUAAGAGCUCUACUGAGGUGAAGGUAUAAGAGCUUGGAGAAUAGCUCAGAGCAGCUAGCGAAGUGGAUAGCUGCCAGGCUAGCUCAUGAUGUUUCAUACUAUAUAUGCUGAAGACUUUCAUAGUGAAUAUGCUGAAAAAAAACAAGUGUUCUUUUGCUUGCUUUGAUGUGGAUGUUUUCUUUUGAAAAGCUUGGCUAGAUCUGAGCACACUUGAUGAUAACUUUUUUGGAUAUUUACUACAGAUUGCUGUAUAAGGAAUGAAAGGGACUGUUUAAAAUCUAUUUUUUAUUUGCACAUGAUGAGAAGUUAGUGGGCCAAAAUACAUAAUAAACAACUCUGGAAAUAACAUGCAUCAUAUUUUAAUUCAGAUAAUUAAAAUAAAUAAUUUUAGCCUUGAUUUUUGUGGAGCAUUUGGCUUCUAGAGUUUAAACCAGAGAUUAUAUGUUUUAUAUAUUUAAGAUAUAUAAAUAUAAGUCAUACAAAAUGGGCAGAAAUUGGUCUGCUUUGCUCUCUAGUCAACUGCAGCAUGAAAGCAAUUUCUGAGUUUUUUUCAGUUGUUUUUAUAUCCAGAGAUGUAAAAAUAACAAUUUCAGACAUCAUCUCCUUACAGUCUCACCCAAACCAAAUUAAUGUCUUAGCUCAAACAUGCCCCUUGACAAAGAAAUAAAUAUUUCAAGUAUUUCAAGAUUUAAAGUUAUAAACAUCCAUAUUUUUUGUUCGAGAAAGUUUCAACUGCAAGUCUGUUUCUGGCCUUGGUGUCUGUUCUUCCUCAGGGUCUCUGUGCCAAGUCUGAUGUAUGAUUCAGAUAAAUACUACUGUUUGUGAAGGGUUUGCUGGAAUAGUGUUUAUGUUUGUGCCUUUGUCUAAAUUUACAUGGUAACCCCACACGUCAACAAAAAGAAUCGUGCACGAACUUUUUCAUUUUUUAAAUACCUAGACACACCGCAAAGACAUUUCUAAAAGACCAUUACUUACACAUUCAACUUACGAAUGUAAAAUUUUAUACUUAUUCUAGUUUUAUCAGAGUUUACAUAUGGCAUUGUAUUUGCAUGAUGUUUGCAGUCAUGAUUAAUGAAAUGAAAUCACAUGAAUUACUCUGAUCAAAAGUAUACAUUCUUUUGAAUGUUUGGAGUGAUUAUAUGUACUCAAAUUGACACAUCAGGUUAAGAUAGUGAUGAUCCACACGUGAGCCUUGUUUGAUUGUAACUAGUGUAUAAAUAAGUUGUUUAAGAAACCCUAGUGUGUUUUGUCCAGGCUAUGCUGAGUUUGAUGGUUGCUGAAGCAUAACGGCUGCAGAAAAAGUGUCAAAGAAUAUUUGAGUAAAUGUACAACUUGAAGGAAAAAGUAGAUAAAAAGAAAUCCAAAUAUUUGUAAAUGCCAGUCAGUACCAUUCAUAUCUGCUCAAGAAUUGGAGAAUUAUGGGCACUAUUAAUGCUUAUCCAUGAUUGGAUGGACCAAGAAAAUUUUACUGGCUACACCCACAUGCAACUCCUAGUGAAGUCCAGACCUCUGUGGAACUAAAGUGCUGUGGUUGCUUACGCAUAAUAAGGGGGUGUUUGAACUACAUUGUGGAGAGUUGCCCGAAUAAAAAAAGCCUUUGCAGCUCCAAAACAGCCUGGUUAUUGUACACCAAAUGGCAACCAGAGAAGCCUUAAAACCUCUGGAACAAAAUAUAUUGAGCAUGAUGACAGCAAAAUUGAAGUUCAUGAUCACUAAUACUAUGUUGAGAGAGGUCCUAGAAGUAUGGAAGUGAAUCUCU